ACCUCGAUUGGCCGACCGGCCGAUCGGUCGGUCGUGCUCGUGGAUCUCGGUAACGGAGAAGUGUUUACGUCGGGCCGACGACAGUGUGUUGCGCGAGCACCGACUGAGAAUACGAACGUCGAUCCUUGGUUCCGCGGAUUCGAAGCGAGCCGAGGAUUCCUCCUCGAGUUCGAGUGAAAAUCGGCCGAUCGCGGUUUCGUUGACAGUGUUCUGACGGUGUUCGGGGAAAUCCGGGGACAGGCGUGGGCGAUUCUGCGUCGUUCUCCGAAGAAGCGAUUUGUCGAUUUGCUCUUCGGGAACGGAUCUCUUGGAUUGAAUUGCUCCGGUCAAGAUGAGGGUCGAUCAGAUCGGGCUGCUUCUGUGGAAGAACUACGUCGUCCGGAAACGUCAGCCGGGGAUAUUGGCUCUGGUGUUCGUAUGGCCGGUGAUCGUGUUCAUGAUCCUCUACACGAUCCGCGACAACGUGGACCCGGAGUACUAUCCGACUUGCCAAUUUCCUGCGAGGUCGAUGCCGCGGAAUGGGCUGCUACCGUUCGUACAGAGUUUCAUUUGCAGCCUCGGAAACCCGUGCGAUCCUCUCGCGGAAUACGAAGAGGUCCCGUCUUACAGGAACGCCACUCUAGGUCCGCUGGUGAUGGAACUGCAGCCGAUGCUGAACAACGACACGAUUCUUUCCGCCGUGAGGACGCUGCCGAACAGCAUUCAGCUGCUAAAGUCAAUGGCGCAGAUACUCACGAAACCGGAAAUCAAGGCACUGUUCGAUCGUGGCAUACGAUUGGGCGAUCUGUUCAACAACCACGAGGACAUCAAAAGAGUCCUCAGGAGUCAGAUGCCGGACGCGAGGAAAGGAUUGGUCGACGACCUGUUCGACUCGUCUAUAAAAUUAGUAUAUCUGAUCGAAGGAUUCGGCACGUCGAACGUCGGCGAGGUGCUUUGCUCGCCGGACAUCUUGAAGAAGUACUUGAUCCUGCCGACGGAGAAGGACUACGUCCUGGUCUCGAAGAUCCUGUGCGACAUCGACUCGGAAACGAUACCCAGCAUCCUCGAGAACUUAUCCAAGCAUCUGGAUUUCACCGGCAUGCUCAAGAUGGUGGAUAGAGUAAUGGCCAAGUUUCGGGACUACGAUAUCUUCGUGGACCUGAGACGCGCCGUGGAAACGAUCCUUGAUCUGCAGACCUCGAGGAAGUACAUUCCCGAGUACCUCAGGAUCCGGCAGUGGUUGCCGAAGAUCAUCAUGGCGUUCAAGAAUGUUACCUUCAAGGAGAUCGAUCUUACCUUCGUGAACAAGACGUUGGAGAUCCUCAACCCCGUUUUCAAGACCGAGGCUGACUGGCCCAUCGCCCAACAAGCGUUCUCGAGGCUGCAGAACAUAUUGGCGAUGCUGAAAGAGAUGGGGGUGGAUCAGCGGGGCGGUUUCACAGGGGACAUCUUCGCCGCGAUAGAGCGUUUCGUGAGCACGUUCCAAUUCCUACCCCCGGUGCCAGCGGAGGGCAUCGAGAAACUCGCGCGUAUCGCGGACGUCGGUUUCGCCAUUUUGCAGAGCGGCGCGCAACUGAGCUCGAAGAUAUUGGACCGGCACAAGGAGGAUCUCAAUCUAUCGCCGGAGGUCUGGAAAGGACUCAAGGACUUCUUCUCGGACCACAUCCUGGCGACGUUGAGCUACGCGUUCGGGUUCACGCAGACCGUCGUUCGAACGAUCCACCACGCGGCCAUUGUUCACGAAGAUCUGGAACACAGGCUGUAUCGCGUCUCUCUGAACAACAAAGACGUCGUGGAACAAUUACUCAACGUCGUGGAUCCCAGCGCUUAUCGAACCCUCGUGCGCUCGUUCUCCAGAUUGAACUUCGUCGAGAAAUUUGUGGAGGCGGUCGAGGAGACGAAACCGGAGGAUUAUCUCUGUCGGGAGGAUAUUCUGCGGGAAGCGUUCGAAAAUUUCCGGGACACCGACCAGGGAACAAUCGUCGACGUGCUGUGCAGCAAGUCGGGGAAGAAGUUCCUCUCCGAAGUGUACGGGACUAUGGAGCUCCAGAACUUCGAGAGGACUGCGAGAGACACUCUGGAGGCCACCAUGCAGAUGGUGUUCAAGCAAGCUGUCAGCAUCGAGAAAGCGAAUCUGACGGGGGUGGUGAGCAGCGUGAACUCGUUCAUGAGCUUCAUGGAGUCGCCGAAGAAGCCGAGUCCGAAUUGGUCGGCGUUCAAGGUCGACGAACGGUGGGCCAAGGCGUUCGAGGACACCAAACCGCAGAACAGACUGAACGUCCUCGGCAUUCAUCUGAGCAUCGCGAAGAUGGUCGGCUGCUGCAACCUCAGCUUCCAGGUGAUCAAGUCCGACAUGAAGACUAUCGAUUUCAUCGCCCGGAUGACGCUGCAGGAACUGGCGGAGAACAAGAACGACUGGGUCGGCGAAGUCACGCGCCACAAAUACGAGCUGCUCGAAACGUUCUAUUUAACCGCGACGGAUAGAACAAAGGUUUUGCAAAUUUUAGAGUACGAGAACUUCACGAGAUCGUACUGCGUGAACCGGAAUCCGCCGCCGUUAAUAAACUUUCCAAGCGACGCGAACGACACGUUGCUGAAGACGUUGGUCUGCCGUAUGGCGGGCAUGGUGCAAACCGACCUGGACUUGGACGUGGAGGCUGUCCAGGCGUCCACCGCCGAUAAGAAGUUCAACUGGACCGAGUUCAACGAGGUGACGAUCGCGGUCUAUCGGUACGUCGACGUCCUGAUCCACGAGAAGGCCCCGGCCCACAAACUGGUCAACUUGGAGAGGCUGAAGAGAAACUUCAGAACCUCCUGGAGCACCGACUUAAGCGCCAGGGACGGCUUCGAGAUCAGCGUAGGUCUGACCUGCAAGCUGUUCGACAUUCUGGAGGGCCGUUUGUUCGACAUUCGAUCGAAGAGCGGCUGGAAAAACGUGGAAGACCUCGGCUGGAACAUCACGCUGAUACUCGACAUGAUGCAGAGCGCCUUGUUAGAGGUCUCCAGGGUAGAUUCCGGGAGGGUGAUACACUCGAAGAACUCGACCGCGCUGGAGAUGCCCGAGACGAGGAGCCUGAUCAGCGUUGGCCUCUUUAACCUUCGCGAUCUGAUCCUGGACGUGAUCGACGUCGUCACCAUGAGACCGAUCCACCUGAUAUCCCUGUUGGACGACUACAACUCGCGGGAGGACCAAUGGCCCUGCGUGAAACAGGAGAGCGUCGGGGCAGCGCUGGAGCUGCGAAGCGGCAGCCGCGCGGUGAUCGAGAAAAUGGAGAACAUAUCUUGCAACCCGGCGCCGAUCAUCAAGGAAUGGAAGACCUAUCCUUCGACGUACUUCGCCGCUCACGGUCACGUCGGCGGCAAGCCGACAUUCAAUUGGACCGAGGGUUACAAAGCGUUCAGAAACCUGGCCGAACAGUUCGAGAGCUGGGUGAUCGUCACGGAGAAGAGCCUGUCCGAUUCCCUGGGCUCGUCGCCUUCGCAACCGGACGUCCUCGGCGGUCUCUCGACCCUGAAGAGCAUAUUCGACGAGAGGUGGCAGAACUCGAAGGACGACACCCACAACGUUCUGAGCCUCAUCGACUCGGAGCUGGACAAGGCAAUGUCAGCGUUCCGCAGCGACCUUCGGGCAGCCGACGUCUGGAAGGAGAACGUUUUCAUGGACGACCGCGUUCUCAUCACCGCGAAGUUCGCCUCCGAUGUUCUUCACGAAGCAGCGACGCUCGUGUCGAAAAUCUUGCGCACCGAUACCACGGAGUAUAACACGUUCGAAGACUAUGUCAACGAUACCACGUCACCGAUUGAAUCGGAGUCCGGCAAGGUGCUCGUGAUGAAGUGGCUGCCCCUGUUGGGUUUCACCAACGAAAGCCCGAUUGGGAUAUUUUACAACAAACUGCCGCAUCUUCUGGCCUCGCUGGCGAAAGGCUUGACCGAUCUCGAGAUGGACAAACUGGCCGUCGACUCGACGACGAACGGGAUCGACGUCGUCUGCGAACAGCUGUUCCAGCAUUGGCCGACCUUCUCCAACGGGUUCACGCGGGAGGAUCGCGAGACCCUGAAGAAGUUCGUGUGCCACCUUUCCACCGACAAAUUUAACGCCUUCGCGGACAUGUUCUGGACCGAAACGAUGGUCUGGUGGAUGCAGGCGAAGGGGUAUCGAUCGCGGGUGAUGACGGUCAUCGGCGACCUCUACGAUCUGACGAACGUCGUUCGAAACCUCACAAGGACGAACGUGGCGAUCGAGGUACCUUUCUCCAACCACUAUUUCAAGCGGUUCCUGUCUGAGAUGCUAACGGCGUUCGAGGAAUCCGAAGAAUACCACGAGGACUCCGAGCCCCAGGCACCCAUCGAUUGGACCGACUACAGGCUCGGUGUCGAGGGCGUGUCCGAGUGUCUGCUUCACGUCGCGAACACCGUGGAGGGCAUCAACAACAGCAGCAGACGUCCGAGUAGCCGUAUGAACGUCUGGGACUUCGUCGAGGGCACGGACGUGCGACAAUUGCUGAGGAUCCUCGAGGCUCAUCCCGAGGAGACGAUCGCUCUGGUAGCACAGAUCAGCGCGAUCGGCUCGAAGACUGGCAACUUCUCCUACGAGAACGUAAGGAAGACGAUCUGCAACACGCGGCUGCCUCUGGUCUAUUGGUCCGUCGCGAACAGGAGCCGUUUCAUCCAACAGGUGUGCUCGUUCGACCCUUAUCAGUUGCUGAAAUCCGUCACCAGCGAGGAGUAUUACCUGGCCCUGACAGUCCGAAGAUCCAGCCUAACGAAACUGACGCCGCUGAACGCGUCGCUCGGCAAGCUGGUGAAGGCCGUGUCGACGCUGUUGUCGACGGUGCCGGACCUCGAAGUGCGGUCGAGCAUCUUCGAGGCGAAGACCUGGCUCGGCAUGUCGAACGACACUCUGACGGAGAUCCGCAACGUCGGACGGUCGUGGGUGCACUGGUACGCCCAGGACGCGAAGAACGCGAAAGCGGGCCAAUCGAAGGUGGAACGUUUCUUCGAGACGGAUGACACGUUCGGCAAGCUGAUCGGCAUGUACCAGCUCGUGGACGCGUCGAUCGACCUGAUGGCCGGCGGGGACGUCUGGCAGAAGCUGCGAAACCAUUACGAGGCCUCGAAGGUCAAGCCACUUCUGACCUUGAUGGAGGACACGCCGAACAUCGUGGUCAGCAUCGUCGACACUUUCCUCAAGUCCGACAGGCUGGAUCAGUUUCUGGGGAAGCUGGCGACCGGCAAGGCGCACCCGUGCGACCUCGACAAGUACCUGAUCGUGCCCGGCUUCGUCAGGAAGAAGGUCCUGCUGUCCAGCAUCGCUAAUUUCUGCGAGAGGAUCGUCUUCACCGAUAAACCGCCGGUCAUGGCCGACUGGCUGCCUUUCGAUGCUAAGUACGAGGAGUAUGGACUGUCCCGGACCGGCGAGAAGAACUUCAACGAGACUUACUUUCUGGAAAGAGUGGACCGGUUGCAGUCCACGAUCAUUCGCAUAAUUUCGGAGGGGCCGAGGUCGCCGAAGGUCCCUAUGUGGUGGACCUCGUUCAAGGAGGGCACCUUCAACGACUUCCUGACUCACUACAGAAAAGAGGACACCAGAGCGCUCGCUCAUUCCGCGGUGAAGAAGCUCGCGAAGAUCGGCUUGGAUAUCCUGAAUUCCGACGCGAGUUCCAAGAAGGACUGUUCCUGGUGCUUCUCGAUGUCCCUGAUCGACGUGCUGAAUUCCCAGCUGGAGAACCACCGGCUCUACUCGGAACUAUCCUGCCAGCUGAGCCGAUUGAACGUAUCGGAGAUUCAUGAGCUCGUGCUGCGCGAUUUCCAUUGGGACGAGACCACCCACAAGAUCAAGCAUUUCCGGACCCUGUACGCGGACAAGACGAAGGAGGAGUGGAUGGCGGCGCUGGAGAAGAUGCUGCACCACGUGGUGGACAUCGCGAUGGACUUCCAGAACGAGACGUACAGCGACAGGAUCGGCGAGUGCUACCGCAAGUUCUUCGGGUCUCCGCCGUUGUCCAGACCGGGGCUGUACGUGUCGGUGAUGCUGGGCAUCGUGGAGAACCUGCGGCAGAACGUGUUCAUCCUGGACACGGCCAGGUACCACAGGAACAUCGACUCGCUGAGCAGAAUGGCGGCCAAGUACGUCCCGAUUUGGAAGAACCUGAGCGACGUGGCGCUGCCGAAGUUCGCGCACGAGGUCGAGGCGUUCCUGCCCGGCGCGACGAUCAACGUGAACGCGAUCAUGAACGACAGGGAGGGCUCCCUGUGCGCCACGAAGCCGGAGUGCCGGAACGUGACGCUUCUGGCGAAGCGUUUGGGCUCGAAGAGCGCCGAGAAGCUGUUCCGGUACGAUCCAAAGGCGGCCGACUAUCCCAGCACGUGGCACAUCGCCGAUCGGCUGUCCUGGACCCUCGACGUGGACCGCAUAGAUCGCGAGUUGAAGGGCUGGAGGAUGGACGCGUCCUUGGACCUGACUUGGCUCAGGGAGAUCUUGAGACACUUGUACACGGUUCUAGCGGAGAGCGGCGACCUCCUCGACGUCGCCAGCAAGAUAGACUUCGAGGACAUCUCGAACGUCCUCGGAGUGCCGGACGUCGUCGACGGGGUGCUGAAUAUCUUGAGGGAGAAGACCGUGGACAAGCUGUUCAACGGAGUGAAAGAGGUAGUGGAGGACGUGAAGCCGUUCGUCAAGGAGCCGGAGAUCCUCGACGACAUCUACGAGAUGGUCUCCGCCCUGGAGUCGAUGGACAUCUUCAAGAACCUCGGCCUUCUGAACAUGAAAUACGUGGUCAGGGACAUGUUCGACGAUUGGGACCUGGUGAACUCGUAUCUGACCGAUAAGAUCCAUAUAUCGAACAACGUUCUGGCGAUGCUGAGCGAGGCGAAGAUCGACAUGAUCUCCGUGUUCAUGAAGGAACGGAAGGCUCUCAGCAUGAAGGAGAUCAUCUGCUCGCCGAAGAAGCUCGGCGAGAUGCUGAGCUUCAACGAGAGGGUCACCGCGACGGAGGUCAGUGCUGCCAUUUGCCAGCUGGACGACGCCCAGACGCAGAACGUCACGAUUGCCAUGAUCAAGAACAUGAACUUCGAUUAUAUUUUCAAAACGUUGAUGAGCGCCAACGUGAAGAACAUCCUGUCGAAUGCGAACCUGACGGAGGCCGAAGGGAAAAUGGUGUUGGCGAACCUUGGCGUAGCAGCGGAACUGAUGCCCUUCUUCAAGGAGAAGUUAGCCUCCGGCGUGCCGACGGCGGAGCCCUUGAAGUCGAGCCUGCAGACAGAAGAAGAGGAUCAGCCGAUGUCCACUUCCAAGUUCCUCGAGGACUCCAGCAAGAUGCUGUGCGGCCAGGCGAUGGUCUCCGACAACGGUGACCUGUACAAGAUCAUCUCGAGGAUCGAAGACAACAGCAAGCAGUACGACCAGGCGGAACUCGAUUCGUUGCCCACCGACUUCUGCCGGGACACAUACAAGAGUUUCGUCGGCAUGGGAGGCGGCAAGAUAAUAUGGUCGUACGUGAAGCCGCUGUUGCGCGGACAGAUCCUCUACGCGCCUAACACGACGGUGAUAAACAAGGUUAUGGCACUGUCCAAUAAAACUUUCGCGGAGAUGGAGAAUUUCGGCGUGUUGAUGGACAGCCUUCAGAGGACGCUCUCGUCCUUGGCGAACCUCUCGGAGAUGAGCGACAACCUAAAGGAUCUGCAGGACAUGAUGUCCUCCGACGUCAUGAAAAUCGCGAUCAAGUCUUUCGGCGGCGGGAACGUCAACGGCGAUCUGUCCGGCAUGAAUCUCAGCGAGAUAUCGUGGCAGCUGAAGAAGUCGCGGCGGCUGAUCAAGAUGAUCGGCAUGCUGAACGAUCUGUUGGGAUGCGUGCUGGUGAAUCGCGUACGAGGUUUCCGAACGGAGGACGACAUGGAGGCGGAGGCGCGCGCGUUGAUGGAGACGAGGGAGUUUCUGGCAGGCGUGGUCUUCGUGGAGGAAGAGCCCGGAAGAUCGAGGAGAUCGCCGCGCGGCGAGCUGCCCGAGCACGUGGUGUACAAGAUCCGAAUGGACGUCGACUACGUUCAAUCGACGAGGAGGCUGAAGAAUCAGUUCUGGAUCCCCGGGCCGGAGAGCAGCUUCAUAGAGCACCUCCGCUAUCUCCGUGGAUUCGUGCAGCUCCAGGACUCCAUCGAUCGCGCGAUCGUGCGCGAGAAGAGCGGCAAGGAUCACGAGUGGAAGACCGUCACGCAACAGAUGCCGUAUCCUUGCUGGAAGCAAGUGCCGUUCCAAACGACCCUGUACGAGUCCCAGGGGAUCCAGGUCUGCUUCUUCUUCGCGUUGAUGAUGUGCGUGGGCGCGGCCGUCAGACACAUCGUCUGGGAGCGGGAGUCGCAGAACGCGAUGGUGAUGAGCGUGAUGGGCUUGAAACCCUGGCGCAACACGAUGGCCUGGUUCGUCACCACUUUCGCGGAGCUGAUGGUCGUGAUGGUCUCGAUCGCGGUGAUCCUCCUGGCCGGCAAGAUCCUGCCGAAAUCCGAUCCCCUGUUGAUUCUGAUCAUGAUGAUCGACUACUCGUUCUCCAUCGUGACCUUCUGCUACAUGAUUUCGACGGUGUGCAGCUCGGCGAGCUUGUCCGCCAUCACCACGGUGGUAAUGUUUUUGCUGACGUACAUGCCGUACGUCAUUGUCAUUGCUAUGGAGGCCGUAUUAGGUCUCGGCUAUAAGCUUCUCAUCUGUCUAAGCAUGUCGACCAGCUUCUGUUACGGUUGCCUGUACGCAGCCAGGAAGGAAGUCCAAGGUGUCGGGCUAAAGUGGUCCGCCAUGUGGGAGGAGUCCAGUCCCGGGGAUCCGAUGAGCUUAGGAUUGAUCCUACUGAUGAUCGCCUUCGACGGCUGCCUCUACGCGGCGAUCGGUUACGUCGUCGCGAAAUACACGAACUCAGGCAAGGGCUUUCACGAUUUGAGGUCCCGUAGUUUAUGGUGGGCCGACGCACGGUCUCUCUAUGGCGGGCCGAGCUACCUCGCCUUCUACAACAACCUCUAUUUCACUAACGACGUCCUCCACCCUUCAACCACUUACCAAGACGAGGAGACCGACUCGAGCAGCCUGGUAGUCAACAAGAAGCAGGCCGGAGUCAGGUUCGAAGGCGUGAGGAAGGUCUACAACAGCGACGAGGGAGAGGUCGUGGCCGUCGAUAACUUCACUUUGAAGCUUUGCGAGGGAGAAGUCACCAGUCUUCUCGGCAGAAACGGGGCUGGGAAGACAACCAUCAUCAAGAUGCUGACGGGGAUGCUGGCUCCGACCACCGGCGAGAUUUGUUUGAACGGUGAAGAGGACUGCAAACCUGACAUAGGGGUCUGCCCCCAGGAUAACGUGCUCAUCGGUACUUUGACGCCCAGGGAACACAUGGUCUUCUACGCGAAGCUGAAACGGCCCAAGGAGAGCGUUAAUAUGCAACGGAGCGUCGACGAGAUGCUGACGUGCUUGGAGCUGGGUAAACAGGAACACGAGCCCGUCUAUCGGCUGUCGGGUGGCACGAAAAGGAGGCUCUGCGUGGCCCUCGCGUUCCUCGGCUCUCCGAAGCUGGUGAUCCUGGACGAGCCCGGCGCGGGCGUGGAUCCUGCCGCGAGACGAAGGAUCUGGAGGCUGAUCGACCAGCACAGGAUCGGCAGGACGGUGAUCCUGUCGACUCAUCACCUGGACGAGGCCGACAUGCUGAGCGACACCGUGGUGGUGAUGCACAAGGGGAAGAUACUGUGCACCGGCUCGCCGUUGUCCUUGAAGAUGAUGCACGGCCGCGGUUACAGGCUGCUCGUCUCGUUCCCCGGCGAACACGACGGGAACGCCGAUAUCGUUGCGAAGAAGAGGAUCGAGGAUCUGAAGAGCGUGAUCGAGGAGGUGAUCCCGAACGCGGAGACCAGCGAAAUAUCGGGCAACGAGGUGGCCGUCGCGCUGCCUUUCCAAGGGAAGAACGGCGUCAACAACAAUAUCGCGCAUGCAGCGAAGGUUCUCGAGGACAGCCGGAAAAUUGUGGGCUAUUCCCACUUUUCUCUGGAAUGCGACACCUUGGAGAGAGUCUUCCUGGAUCUUUGUUCCCGAGCCGAGAGCGGAUCCGGCUCCGUUAUCAGAGCUAGCCAGGACAGCGUCGCCACCGUGGAUCACGUUGGAUUGUCGAUGUCGAACGACGACAUCGAUCUGAUCGACGACGAGCCCAUCCUGAACCCGACCCCGACGAGACAGGCGAAAGCCCUGCUGAAGAAGAGAAUGUGGCACUUCAGAAAGGAUUGGAUGACGCUGUUCGCCGGCCUUUUCCUGCCGACGAUGUUCGUCGCGGUCGCCAUGGGAUUCUCUUUGAUAAGACCGCCGUCCCAGGACGAGCCCGCGCUGCCUCUCACGCCGAAGCUCUACGAUACUCAUCCGACCCAUUUCUAUAGCGUCGACAACAACCACGACUCGUUCCUGCAACACGUGUCCAUGCAGCUCCACGAUCGAUUCGGGGAUGAUUACGCUGGCGCUUGGCAAACGCUACCGAACGACACAGGAACGUGCAGCUGUCUGGACGGCCAACAGGUGUGUCACGGAGUGUCGCAGGCUGUCGAGGGCCUGCUGCAGGUCCUGCCUGGCAGGCCGACCCUCGAUUGGAUCGUGUCGACCCACCGAACGUACAUAGAGAAAAGAUACGGCGGAUGGUCGUUGUCGCACGCGAAGGACGACCCGUUGUUCAUCGUCUGGUACAACAACAAGGGCCAUCACGCGCUGCCGUCCUACUUGAGCGCCCUAAACGAGGCGAUUUUACGGGCGUCCGGGGUGCCAGGCCGUUUAACGACCCUCAACCAUCCCUUGAAGUUAUCCAGCGACCAACUGAACCGAACCACCCUGUUGCAGCACGUGGCGGACGUCGGCGUGGCUCUGGUGCUCCUAAUCGCGUUCAAUUUGGUCGCCGCUCAAGGAUCGAAGGAGCUGGUGCGGGAGAGGCUGUCCGAGGAGAAGAGGAUCCUCUUCUUGGCCGGCGUCCAUCCCGUCACCUAUUGGACGACUGCGUUAAUCUGGGACUUCUUCGUGUUUGGCCUGUCGAUCGUCCUCGCCGUGAUUGUCUUCGAGAUAUUCGGGCUGCCCGCUUACGUCGCCAGGCACAAUCUGGCCGGCAUCUGUCUUCUGCUCUUCCUCUUCGCGUGGGCAGCCCUGCCGUUCUGCCACCUGACGGAGAAGCUGUUCAACGACUCGAGUCUCUCGAACAUGGUGCUGUUCUGCGUGAACACGUUCAUAGGCGUGGCCUCGCUGGCGACGAUCCUCGUGCUGGACAUCCUCGGCAAGACCAAGACGACGGAGGACAUACGGAACACGUUGCACAACGUUCUGCUGAUAUUCCCGCAGUACGUCCUCGGCGACGCUCUGGUCCAGAUAUCCCGGAACGACAUCACGGCGCAGCUGCUCGAGAAAUUCCACAUGGACACGUACCAGUCCCCGUUGGGCUGGGACCUUCUCGGCCUGCACUACGUGUUCCUGGCCGUCGUCGGGACGAUCCUGUUCUCGCUGAACCUGCUGAUCGAGUGCCGGCUGCUGCCGGCCUGGGCCCGGCGGCGGGCCUCGCCGGACGCGGCCGUCGAGGAGGACGACGACGUCUCGAAGGAGCGGAUGCGCGUCGAGAGCGGCAUGUCCGUGGACGUGGUGCAGACGGUGAAGCUGCGGAAGGAGUACAGCAGCGUGUACGGGACGAACGUGGCCGUGCAGAAUCUGAGCGUGGGCGUGCAGGCCGGCAGGUGUUUCGGGCUGCUGGGGACGAACGGCGCCGGGAAGAGCACCACGUUCCGGAUGCUGACCACGGAGAUCGUCCCGACCUCCGGCAGGAUCCUCUUGAACGGACGGCAGCUCGCCAGGGGUCCGCUCUGCAACGGCGAGGUCGGCUACUGCCCUCAGAGCGACGGCCUCGACGGUUUUCUCAGUCCGCAUCAGUGUCUGACCAUUCACGGGGAAGUCUGCGGGCUGAGCAACGUUCCCAAGGCAGUCGAGUCGAUGCUGAAGAGACUAGAUCUGCUGAAGUACGCUCACAAAAGGGUGAGCAGCCUGAGCGGCGGCAAUAAAAGGAAACUGUGCACCGCCUUGAGCGUUAUGGCGCCGGUGUCCGUGGUUCUCAUGGACGAGCCGACGAGCGGCAUGGAUCCGGCCACGAAGGAUCUGGUCGCGAAAACGAUAAGACGCAUGACGAAGAACCAGAGCUGCGUAAUCCUGACCUCGCACAGCGUGGCCGAGUGCGAGAAUUUGUGCAACCGUGUCGGCAUCCUCGCCAAGGCUGGCCUCAGGUGCAUCGGAACGCCGCAGCACCUUAAACACAAGUUCGGCGAGGGCUACGUGGCGUUCCUGCGGUUCCGACGGCCGGUGUCCUCCGCGGAGCUGAAGAAAGCCCUCGACAAGUACCUUCCGCAGGCUGCGGUGUCCUCGAGACAGGCGACGGCGGCUCGUUUGAUGCUACCGCGUAGCCAGGACAUGCUGCUCAGCACCAGCUUUAAUAAGGUGAAACUGUUGGCCGAGGAACUUAAGGCCAGCGACUACACGCUCAGCCAAAGUUCGUUGGAUCAGGUGCUCGUGAAUUUCUCGGAGGACAUGGACGCGGAGAUGGACGGCUCGAUGUACAGCCAGGACAGCGUGAACAACGUCUUGAACAGCUACUCCACCGCGGACACCAUACGCAUGGACACUUUUUAACCGAUAUCGUUUGCUCGUUCGAGCCCGCCGUCGAUCGAUUGCCGUCGAAUUUUCGUGUUUUAAAAUGGCAUUUUAAAACAACGCCACGUACAACAUCGUGAUCCGUCGUCGUUUUCACGCGAAUAUCGGUGCGGCCUCUGUGAUAGCUUCGUUUCCAGGGCUUAAACCACUUACACGAUGGAUCAAUUCUUAUCUUAAGUAUUAGCGUAACGAUGAGCAAGUGCAAGAAAAUGAGAGCAACGAAACGAAAGAGAGAGAUUUUCGAGUGUACGCGACGGUUUUAAUCCAAAUUGUGACGUUUCGUCUUUUGACGCUGGAAUUACCGAACCGAUUUCUGUUUCCUUCUUUCGUUUCGAAAUUAUAGAAACGUUCGCAAUUUUUUUACUAGCUUCUUUACCGAUAUUAUAACAGGAAAACAUUAUAACAGAAAUCGUAGGAAGUUUGAAGAAAAUCAAUCUUGCCAUUGUGAUAAAGCAAUGUAAGUCAGUCGCGUCGUUCUAGCGUUAAAUUGAAAUAACAAGCGUUUUAUAGUUAAACUUUAGGAGCGCGAUCUCUGCGAGAAGUGUUCGAACUUCGUAAACUCGACGCGGUGUUUAUGGUAAAAUGUGCGAGGAAAUUGUCGAGGUGUUACGGAUGGCAGAAUUUCGAGGACCAGCGAGGAGAAGAUUUUAUUAAUUCGAUCGCGUGAAAGUGAAUGGAAGAAAGACUUCGGUUGAACUGUGCGCAAGACUUCGCUGGUUCCGAGCUACAAUCGUGUACGCUACAAUUUGUUCGGUUAGUUGUAUAGUCGGUAAUUUUAAUUUACAAGUUAUGUUUAAUCUGCACAGGAUAGAUGCGAAAACGGUGUCGCUUUUGUAAGAAGAAUAGCCGACGCCCGUUCCUGUCUACGUGUAUACAGUGGUCCCAAAAAGUAUUUUAUAACUUCGUAAGAAACAAUCGUGCAACAACGAGCCUGGGAUCGUUUCGAAGCUUGAACUCUUUGCUAUCGCGAUCCGUCGUUAAUUUCGUCCGAAGAAAUUCGAGACUUCUCGAGACUUCCUAGAAAUCAGAGGCUCCACGAUUCGUAUGGUUUUUUGCGAAAAAAUCGCGUCGUCGGUUUCCUGCCUGCUACGCAGUGCAAACGCGGUUGCGAAAAGAAUCGUGAACGGAUUGCGAAAGCGGAGGCUUCGGGCUUCGAAACGAGCCCGGGCUGGUCGCCGUGGGACACGUUUCGCGAGAAUUAUAACAGCUUCAAUAUCGAAUUCCCCGAAAAUCGACAAAAGCGUUCGAGUACUUUUCGGAGCCGCUGCCUUUCGCGAGCGGAAUUUCGCGAGGUUUCGCCCCCCCCCCUCCCCCGAGCCCCUGUCGUUAAAACUUUAACACCGAACAACUUUUUCUACGGUUUUGUCGGCGGAUAAAAGUUGGGGAGAGCAGCGUCCGUCGCAUGGUUUUUUCUCUCUCUCUCUCUCUCUCUUUUUAGCGACGUUUGACUUCGCACGCGAAACGAAUUGCCGUCCGGAGCGAGCGGCGCGAUGUAUGAAUCGUUCGAUCGUUAAUCGAUACGCCGCACACGGCGCACUCUAGUAUUAUUAUUUAGAAUUUUAAUUAAGGGUCGCGGGAGAACGGGAGAGAGCGGGCCGGGUUGUAAUUUCAGGAUGCGACUGCUCGUUUCCCGGCUCGACACGCGUUGCUCUGAUAAGAGGCCGUUCCGCGGACGAUAAACCCGAGGCUCGGCUCGGAUCGGCUCGGAUCGGCCCUGCUCGGCACCACUUGGCUCGGCUUGGCUCGGCUCUGCUCGACUCAGUUCGGUCCGACUCGCUCCGGCUCGGCUCGUCCUGACUCAGCUCGCUCUGGCUCGGUUCGGCUCGGUUCAGCUCGGCCCGGCCCGGCUCGCCCUGACUCAGCUCGCUCUGACUCAGUUCGGUCCGACUCGGCUCGCUCCGGCUCAGCUCGGUUCGACUCGGCUCGCCCCGACUCAGCUCGGUCCGGCUCGGCUCGCCCCGGCUCAGUUCGGUCCGACUCGGUUCGACCCGUCUCGGCCCGGUUCGACUCGCGUUUCCAGAGGAGCAAACCGUAUCGGCCGGCCGCGGCCGUUCGAAAAUUUCCACCGUGGUCCACUGAUAACGUGCUCCACUUAUCAGGGACGCGUGUCGCUUCGAAUGCAUCGAUUACCACGCUAUCGUCGGGAAGGGUAUUAAUACUUUUCUAAGAAUUUACUUUUACAAAUCUUGUUAUACAUAUGUUUGAUAGAUUUUGAAAUCCCUUGAAAUCCUAAACAUCCUCGUUGUAUACUUUUCACCGAAAUCUUAUCGUCAGUUUUGAAAAUAUUAAAUAUUUUUUAAGAAGUGGAUUUUUUCGAACUUCGCCGGCUUUCUCCCGCUAGACGUGUAAGUAAAGCUCGAUCUGUGAACCGUGUAAUAGUGUGUUAACUCUCUGGCUGUAAGGACAAACGCCGCACAUUGGGAAUAUUCGGUAUUUCACACAGCGGUGAAAAAUCUGUAAAGUAAUAUUUCGUUUUUCUUUAAUAAAGUUGAAGUAUUCUUCAUCGCUUGGACAACAUUA